CGCUCUUUUAAUUAUAUGAGAUUUGGUUAUUUGAUAGCAAAUUAUACAACACAUUUUGGCCAUCCAAAUCUUUUGCAAUGUAUGUAUGCCCUUUCAUAUCAUCGAAGUUUUAUUUUGUGAUAUCCAACAUCAUCUGGAUGGGUUUAUUUGUUUUCGAACCCUAAAAAACCCAACUGUUCUCGCAACAGAACCAAUUGGACCUUGGGCUACACAUAUCAUCUUGGGCUCAAAUUUUCAAAUUCUAAUUCUAUCUUUUUUUUUUUUUUUGAAAGAUUUUAGAUUGUAUAUUUAAUUCUAAAAAUAACGACAAAAGAAACUUUUAAGAGAGCGGCAGCACGUGGCUCAAACGCGCUUCCAUAUCUAGUGUUUAGGUCAGACUGUGAGAGGACGAAUCAAUCAAAAAUUAAGAGGAAGAAAGAAUGAGUAGGAUUAGGGUUAGGGGAGACAUACACGCAGCGGCAAGGUCAGGUGACCUUUCAACACUUGAAUCGAUUCUGGCAUCUAACCCUUUGGCUGUUAACUCCAGAGAUAAGCACUCCAGAACUCCACUACAUUUAGCAGCAUGGUCUGGGCAAGCACAGGUUGUGAGUUAUCUGUGCAAGCAAAAAGCAGAUGUUGGUGCUGCUGCCAUGGAUGACAUGGGUGCGAUUCAUUUUGCAGCCCAGAAAGGACAUCUAGAGGUAGUCCGGACUUUGCUUUCAUCAGGAGUUUCAGUGAAAGCUGCCAAUCGCAAGGGAUUCACUCCGCUUCACUAUGCUGUUCAAGGGUCCCAUCUAGAAGUAAUUAAAGUCUUGUUAAAGAAAGGUGCGAGUCUUAGUGCCAAAACAAAAGCAGGGAAAACCCCACUUGAUCUUGCAGUUAGUGAAGAAAUUCGCUCAUAUUUGAAAGAAUGUGAACAAUCUCCUAUGGAAGCAAAUGUGAAGGGUAAAGAGAAGAUUGAAAAACGUGAUUCAAGGGCACCAUUGCUAGAUAAAACACAAAAUUCUGAUGAAGCUACUGCAGCUGAGCAAGAACAGCAAGAGGAUGAGAGAGUGAAAAGGAAAGGUGAUGAUGAUAACCUGGAAGCUUUAUCAGAACCUAAGAAACCAAGGGUUGUUCUUAAACACCUUCUGAGUGCAGAUGACACUCAGGAAGACGAAGAAACCUCGUAAGGACACUAGAGUGGAAAAAAGACUAUUCCACAAGCAUUGCUUGGACCAAAAUUGUUACAAGAUUGUAUGGAAGGAAAUCUAUUUUCUGGUGAUUCAAUUAUUGUAAGGCUAACAACAAUAGAAGUACCCCUAAUCUUUCCUGCUUCCUUAUGAUCAGUUUAUGUAGGUUAAUUUUUGUUGUUUGUGCAUUUUGAAUUGAACCCCCGCAUGCUUCCUGUUUCAAUGGUCAGCAUGUUGUGUGAUCUCCUCCUAUCACUUAAAAUUUUAGUCAGUAUUUAUUCGAAAAAAAAGUUUAGUAUUAAUAUUACUACAAAUGAAGGUUACAAGUGAA